GUAAGAGGGGUUGGGCUUGGUCUUCUCCCGCCAAUUUAAAGUUGGGCUAGAACCUGAAGACAUUAAGGCCGGUUGGUGUCCGAAAGAGCGGCUCUGAACCUGGGAACCUGAGUGUUCCGCUUUAGUUUCUCCAAUUGCAGGGCAGGCAGUGGUUCUCGAAUCAAAAACCAUCUCCGAAACAUGUGGAAUGAGAUUGAGCUGCUAACAAGUGAUGAUACAGGAAGUGGGUACCUAGAUGUUGGAUCAAGAAAAGAACAUGGAACUGCUUUAUAUCAAGUAGAUUUGCUAGCCAAGAUCUCCUCUGAAAAGGCCUCAUUAAAUCCAAAGAUACAAGCAUGCAGCCUAAGUGAUGGGUUUAUCAUUGUAGCCGACCAGUCAGUGAUACUGCUUGACAGUAUUUGUAGAUCGCUUCAGUUGCACCUUAUAUUUGAUACGGAAGUGGAUGUAGUUGGCUUAUGUCAAGAAGGACAGUUCCUAUUGGUUGGGGAGAGGAGUGGCAACUUACAUUUUAUCCAUGUGACAUCCAAGCAGACAUUGCUCACUAACGCUUUUGUUCAGAAAGCUAAUGAUGAAGAUCAGCGUACCUACCAAACUCUUGUUAUUGAGAAAGAUGGUUCAAGUGAAGGUACCUAUUGUAUGCUGUUGCUUACAAACAAUGGAUUUUUUUAUAUUACAAACAUUCAGCUUGUAAAAAUUCAGCAAGCGAUUGAAAAUGUAGACUUCAAUAAAGCAAAAAAGUUACAAGGACAAAUCAAGUCCAGUUUCAUUUCUACUGAAAAGUAUCAUACUCUUGGUUGUCUGAGUCUUGUGGCUGGAGAUUUAGCAAGCAAAAUCCCUAUAAUCAUUGGGGGAACUGGUAACUGUGCAAUCUCCAAAUGGGAGCCAGAUCCUCUCAAGAAAGAAAUGACAGUUAAGAAUGUUAUUGAUGCAGAGAUUAUUAAAGGUGCAAAGAAGUUCCAGCUGAUAGAUAAUCUGCUUUUUGUUCUUGAUGCCGAUAAUGUGCUGAGCUUAUGGGAUAUUUACACUCUAAUUCCCAUAUGGAACUGGCCCUCUCUUCAUGUAGAAGAGUUCCUUCUUACCACCGAAGCAGAUUCGCCUUCUUCAGUCACGCGGCAAGGGAUUACAAAUCUCAAAUUAGUAGCUCUGACAUCUACUAAUAAGAAGAUGAAAAAUUUCAUGGUCUAUUCAUUACCUAUGAUGGAAAUAAUGUACUCUUUGGAAGUAUCUGGUGUUUCUUCUCUGGUCCAAACAGGAAUUAGCACAGAUACCAUAUACCUUCUGGAGGGAAUUUGCAAAAAUGAUCCAGAGCUCUCUGAAGACUCAGUCUCUGUUUUAGUACUCAGAUGUCUUACAGAAGCUUUACCAGAAAACAGAUUGAGUCGGUUACUUCACAAACACAAAUUUGCUGAAGCCGAGAGCUUUGCCAUUCAGUUUGGUCUGGAUGUUGAGCUUGUUUACAAAGUAAAAUCAAAUGAUAUAUUGGAGAAACUUGCGUUGAGUUCUGUGGACACCAGUGAGCAGACCAAAUGGCAGAAACUUGUAGAGGAGGCGAAGGAGACACUACAUAAAAUCCAGGACGAUGAAUUUGUGGUGAAUUACUGCUUGGAGGCUCAGUGGAUAACCUAUGAAACGACCCAGGAAAUGCUAAAUUAUGCCAAAACCAGGCUUUUGAAAAAAGAAGACAGAACUGUUCUUGUCUAUUCUUAUGGCUUAAAAGAGGUUCUAAGGGCUCAUGAAAAGUUGACUACGUUUUAUGGAGCAUUUGGACCAGAAAAAUUCAGUGGUAGUUCUUGGAUCGAAUUUCUGAAUAAUGAAGAUGACCUCAAGGAUAUUUUUUUGCAGCUAAGAGAAGGAAACCUUGUUUGUGCACAGUACCUUUGGCUUAGACAUCGGGCAAACUUUGAAAGCAGGUUUGAUGUGAAGAUGCUUGAGAACUUGCUCAACUCGAUUUCUACACCAGUCUCUUUGCAAAAGCUCUGUCCCUGGCUUAAGAAUGACGUGAUCCCGUUUGUAAGAAGGAUUGUACCGGAUGGACAGAAAAUUCUUGCAAAAUGGUUGGAGCAAGCAGCCAGGAACCUUGAAUUAACUGAUAAGGCAAACUGGCCAGAAAAUGGACUUCAACUGGCAGAGGUAUUUUUUACAGUAGAAAAACCGGAUGAGAUGGGAUUGGUGUCCUCCUGGCAUUGGAUUUCCUUGAAGGAUUAUGAGAACACGGAGGAAGUGUGUCAGUUAAGGACCCUGGUAAAUAACUUGCGGGAGUUGAUCACAUUGCACAGGAAGUACAACUGCAGCUUGGCCCUCUCUGAUUUUGAGAAGGAGACGACAACCACCAUUGUGUUCCGAAUGUUUGACAAAGUGUUGGCGCCAGAGCUUAUUCCUUCCAUCUUAGAGAAGUUUAUAAGAGUUUACAUGAGGGAACAUGACUUGCAAGAGGAGGAACUCCUUCUCCUGUACAUAGAGGAUUUAUUGAAGAGAUGUAGCUCAAAGUCCAUGUCACUCUUUGAGACAGCAUGGGAAGCAAAAGCCAUGGCAGUCAUAGGAUGUUUAUCUGACACAGACCUCAUAUUCGACGCUGUGCUUAAGAUGAUGUACGCAGCCGUGGUUCCCUGGAAUGCGGCGGUGGAGCAGCUGGUGAAAAAGCACUUGGAAAUGGACCACCCCAAGGUCAAGUUAUUACAGGAGAGUUACAAACUAAUGGAAAUGAAAAAACUUUUACGAGGCUACGGAAUAAGGGAGGUGAACCUCUUAAACAAGGAAAUAAUGAGGGUGGUCAGAUACAUUCUCAAACAAGAUGUCCCAUCCUCCUUAGAAGAUGCUUUGAAGGUGGCCCAAGCAUACAUGUUGCCUCCUGAUGAAAUCUACAGUCUGAGGAUUAUAGACCUGAUAGAUAGAGACCAGGGUGAGGACUGUGUCCUUUUGCUGAGGUCUCUGCCUCCAGAGGAAGCUAAGAAGACUGCAGAAAGAGUCAUUAUAUGGGCACGAUUGGCAAUGCAAGAAGAACCAGAUGGUUCUAAAGAGGACAAGGCCUGGAGAAUGUCUGUAGUGAAGACAUCAGUAGUCAUUCUUAAAAUAUUGUGCGACAUUCAGAAAGACAAUCCGCAGAAGAAGGAUGAGUGUGAAGAUAUGUUGAAUCUAUUUAAAACUGUUGCUAGCUUACAGGAGAACUUUGAGGUCUUUCUUGCUUUUGAAGAUUAUAGCAAUCACUCCCUGGUAGCAGAGCUCCGGGAACAGUACAUCAAAGCUCAAGAAGUCGCGCAGGCGAAGCCCAAACCCAGGGGCACUGCAGAGCUGGCGGCUGCCAAGAAGAGCCUGAGCCCCGAGUCCAAGCUGCACCGACAGGCGCUGGCCCUGCAGGUGUCCGAGCAGGAGCUGGAGGCGGAGCUGACCCUGAGGGCCCUGAGCGAGGGGAACGUGGGAACGGCGCUGAAAAAGUGCAGAGACUUGUUUAAGUAUCACUGCAACACGGACACUGGGAAACUGCUGUUUCUGACGUGUCAGAAGCUUUGUCAGAUGUUGGCUAAUGACGUUCCGAUGACAGCACCUGUGGGACUAAGCCUUCCUUCCGAAAUACAUGACCUCGCGUGCCAAGCUGCCACCACCUGCAGUCCAGAUUUCCUCCUAGAUGCUCUAGAACUAUGUAAAUAUACUCUCAUGGCAGUAGAGCUUUCCAGACAGUGCCAGAUGGACGACGGGGGAAUCCUAAUGAAAACUUCCUUUGGAACACAUAAAGACCCAUAUGAAGAGUGGUCCUACAGCGACUUCUUCAGCGAGGAUGGAAUCGUUCUUGAGUCGCAGAUGGUGCUCCCUGUUAUUUACGAGCUGAUUUCAUCACUGGUCCCUCUAGCUGAAAGCAAGAGACAUCCCCUGGAUUCUACGAGUUUACCAUACUGCUCCAUUAGUGAAGGAGACAGCCUUACUUUUUUACCUAGUAUAAAUUCCAUCUCCGCCCUGCUUCAGAGCCUGCAGGAAUCGAGCCAGUGGGAGCUGGCCCUGAGAUUUGUCGUUCUUUCAUUUGGUACCUGUCUUCAGUACUCGGUGUCAAACUUCAUGGAUGCCAGUUUGAGUGAAAAGCUGUUUGGAGAGGCCAUGUUAGUUAACUCAAGGAAAGUUAUGGUGGCACUGAAAGAGAAAGCCAUUACGUUUGUCAGGGGGAAUGCUACAACACUGUUGCACAAAGUAUUCAAUUGUCGCCUGGUGGAUCUUGACUUGGCAUUGAGUUACUGCACUCUCUUACCCCAAAAAGAAGUGUUUGAAAAUCUCUGGAAGCUCAUCGAUAAAGCAUGGCAGAAUUACGACAAAAUUUUGGCAAUUUCUCUGGUGGGCUCUCAGCUGGCCAGUCUCUAUCACGAAACAGAAAUGGAGCUCAGAUUUCGUGAACUCAGUACUGAUGCCCAGUGGGGUAUCCGCCUUGGUAAACUUGGUAUUUCUUUUCAGCCGGUUUUCAGGCAACAUUUUCUCACCAAGAAAGACCUCAUUAAAGCUCUUGUGGAGAAUACAGAUGUGGACACAAGCCUCAUUCUGGAAUAUUGCAGCACCUUUCAGCUGAACUGUGAUGCAGCUCUUCAGCUGUUCAUCGAGACACUGCUCCACAACACGAACGCCAGCCACAGCCAGGGGGACGCGAGCUCGGCCUCCGCAACGCAGCAGCACGCCAGGCUCCUGGCCAAAGCCCUGGAAAUGGUGCCUUUGCUGACGAGCACCAAAGACUUGGUCAUCAGUCUUAGUGGGAUACUCCAUAAGUUGGAUCCCUAUGACUAUGAAAUGGUUGAAGUUGUCCUGAAAGUUAUUGAAAGAGCCGAUGAAAAAAUAACCAACAUUAAUAUUAACCAGGCAUUGAGUCUUCUAAAGCACCUGAAGUCCUACAGAAGAAUUUCCCCCCCGGUGGACCUCGAGUAUCAGUAUAUGCUGGAGCAUGUGAUAACGUUGCCAUCAGCCGCCCAAACCAGACUGCCUUUCCACCUAAUAUUUUUUGGCACGGCGCAGAACUUCUGGAAAAUCCUCUCUACAGAGCUCAGUGAAGAAUCCUUCCCCACCCUGCUCCUCAUUUCCAAGUUAAUGAAGUUCUCUUUGGACACUCUGUAUGUGUCUGUCGCCAAGCAUGUCUUUGAAAACAAACUGAAGCCAAAACUAGUGAAGUCCCCACCAGCUAAGUCCUCAACAUUGAUUAACAAGGAAAUAACUAAGAUCGCUCAGACCAUCGAGUCCUACUUGCUGUCGAUAGUCAACCCGGAGUGGGCAGUGGCUAUUGCCUUCAGUCUUGCCCAGGAUAUCCCAGAAGGUUCCUUCAAGAUGUCCUCUUUGAAAUUCUGCCUGUAUUUAACCGAGAGAUGGCUACAGAAUAUCCCACCUAAGGAUGAAACACGUGAAAAAGCCGAGGCUUUGUUGAAGAAGCUCCACAUUCAGUACCGGCGAUCAGGCACAGAGGCUGUGCUCAUAGCCCACAAGCUGAACACGGCAGAGCAUCUGAGAGUGAUUGGAAAACCAGCACAUCUCAUCGUCAGUCUGUACGAACAUCCUAGCAUCAACCUCAGAAUUCAGAAUGCAUCUGGCAAAGACUAUCCCGAUAUUCACGCAGCAGCUAAAGAAAUAGCCGAAGUCAAUGAAAUCAAUUUGGAAAAAGUGUGGGACAUGUUGCUGAAAAAAUGGCUGUGCCCAACCACAAAACCUGGCGAAAACCCAUCAGAAAUAUUUGAACUUCAAGAAGAUGAAGCACUACGAAGAGUCCUGUAUCUCCUCCAGUCUCGUCCGAUUGAUUAUAGUUCAAGAAUGCUGUUUAUAUUUGCAACAUCAGCUACAACUACAUUAGAUAUGCGCCAGUUAACCUUUGCCCACCGAACACGGGCUCUUCAGUGUCUCCUGUAUUUGGCUGACAAGGAAACCAUAGAAUCUCUCUUCAAAAAGCCCAUCGAAGAAGUCAAAUCUUACUUGAAAUGUAUAACUUUUCUGGCGUCUUUCGAGAUGUUGAAUAUCCCCAUCACCUAUGAAUUAUUUUGCAACAGCCCUAAGGAAGGCAUGAUUAAGGGUCUAUGGAAAAACCACAGCCACGAAUCCAUGGCAGUGAGGCUGGUGACUGAGCUUUGUUUAGAAUACAAAAUCUAUGACCUGCAGCUGUGGAACGGACUCCUGCAAAAGCUGCUUGGCUUCAACAUGAUUCCAUAUCUAAGGAAAGUUUUAACAGCCAUUUCUAGCAUCCAUCCUUUGUGGCAGGUGCCCUACUUCAGCAAGGCCUGGCAGCGUGUGGUCCAGGUCCCACUGCUCUCAGCCUCUUGUCCUUUAAGCCCCAGCCAGUUAUCAGAUUGUUGUGAGAGUCUCAUUGCUAUUCUUGAAUGUCCCGUUUCGGAUGAUCUCGACAUGAUCGGAGUCGCCAGGCAGUAUGUCCAGUUAGAGCUUCCAGCUUUUGCAUUAGCCUGUCUCAUGCUCCUGCCCCACUCAGAAAAAAGACACCAGCAGAUUAAGAACUUUCUGAACUCCUGCAGCCCUCAGGUCAUUUUACAGCAAUUGGAGGAGCAUAUGAGUACUGGCCAGCUGGCAGGGUUUUCACAUCAAAUUCAAAAUCUGGUUCUGAAUAAUAUCAGAAAUAAGAAGGAGUUUGGGAUUUUGGCAAAGACAAAAUACUUUCAAGUGUUGAAACUGCACAUGAUAAACACCAACAACAUCACUGACCUGGUAAACUAUUUGGCAAAUGAAGUAAGUAUAGAUGAAGCUUCCGUCUUGAUAACUGAGUACUCAAAGCACCGUGGGAACCCCGUGCCCGCAGACGCCGCGCCCUGUGAGAUUCUGAAGAUGUUUCUUAAUGGAUCAUAGCCAUCAAACCUUUCUCGGGAACAGCAAGAGGGAGUUUGGAGCCCGCUAUUAACUGGCCAUAUUUAUUACGGUUUUUAAAAUUGUGCAAUCUCUGUAUUAUAGCUGCUGUCAAAUGUCAUCUGACAAGUGAUGCUAAGACACUUGGCAGUUUGUCCCAUAAAAAAGUUAUAUCCUGAGUUAAUAAAUCUUUUAUUCGCCAA